AACUUAGCAAAAGAGGUGAGAGAGGAAGGAGAAAGAAAAGAACUAAAGAAGGGGAUAAGAGGCCGCUCUGAGAAUCUUUUUUUCUGAUCAGUGCAGCUCGGAGAAUCUUUGCUUACACUGAUUCAAAUCUUGAAGUAAAUCAUCUUCUCCACACUCUGAAGAAGCGUUUCAGUUGCAGGUUGAAUGAGGAGCUCUCUACAUCGUGGAGAACCUUUUUUCUUGAAGGUGGUUUUGUGAGGGAAUGCUAUCGGCCUGAUUUAGGAGUGUUACUCCCUCGCUUCUCAUAUCUUCAGACAAAAUUUGCAAUCUAGGGUCUUGAGAAAUGUUCCAUACAGAUUAGUGCCUAAUUCAAGUUUCUGUCAACUUACUAGGGAGAUGGCAUCAAAUAAUGAGGUUGGGAAGAGUUUUGCGAGGAGGGACCGGUUGCUUGAGAUAGAGGCUAAGGUUCGAACAUGGUGGGAGGAAAAAGAUGUAUUUAGAGCUGAGUCCCAUGAAAGAGCUCCCAAACCUGGUGAAAAGUUUUUUGGGAACUUUCCAUACCCCUAUAUGAAUGGGUAUCUACAUCUAGGGCAUGCAUUCUCACUGUCUAAGCUUGAGUUUGCUGCAGCAUAUCAUAGGCUAAGAGGUGCUAAUGUUCUACUGCCCUUUGCCUUCCAUUGCACUGGGAUGCCCAUCAAGGCCUCAGCUGAUAAACUUGCCAGAGAGAUACAAAAGUUUGGGGACCCACCGGCAUUUCCUUCUGCUAUAGAAGAGCUCAGUAUUAGCACUGAACCGGAACCCGAGGAGCAAAAUGGAGGGGGGCAGACUUUACCUGAUAAGUUCAAGAGCAAGAAGUCCAAGGCAGCUUCAAAAGCAGGUCGAGACAAGUUUCAGUGGGAAAUCAUGAGGAGUUAUGGCCUCUCCGACAGUGAAAUUUCCAAGUUCCAAGAUCCAUAUUACUGGCUAACCUAUUUCCCACCUUUAACUAAGGAAGAUCUGAAGGCUUUUGGGUUGGGAUGUGAUUGGAGACGGUCUUUCAUCACAACUGAUAUGAACCCAUUCUAUGAUUCUUUUGUUAGGUGGCAAAUGAGGAAGUUGAAGGAAAUGGGAAAGAUUGUCAAGGAUAUGAGAUACACAAUCUAUUCUCCCUUAGAUGGCCAGCCAUGUGCAGACCAUGACAGGGCAUCAGGUGAAGGGGUUCAGCCACAAGACUAUACUCUGAUUAAAAUGGAGGUAGUGCCACCUUUCCCUUCUAAGUUGAAAGCUUUGGAAGGGAGGAGAGUGUUCCUGGCUGCUGCCACAUUGAGACCUGAAACCAUGUAUGGACAAACAAACUCAUGGGUGUUGCCUGAUGGGAAGUAUGGAGCCUAUGAAAUAAAUGACACAGAUGUAUUUAUUGUUACUGAGAGAGCAGCCCUUAACCUUGCUUACCAGAAUUUAUCUCGGAUUCCAGAGAAGCCAACCUGCUUGGUUGAGCUAUCUGGUAAUGAUCUGAUUGGGUUGCCUUUGAAAUCCCCUCUCUCACUUAAUGAGAUUAUAUACUCUCUUCCCAUGUUGACAAUUCUAACUGACAAGGGCACAGGGAUUGUGACCAGUGUGCCCAGUGACUCCCCUGACGAUUACAUGGCUCUACAUGAUUUGAAGUCGAAACCAGCUCUCAGGGCCAAGUUCAAUGUGAAGGAUGAGUGGAUCAUGCCUUUCGAGGUCAUUCCUAUCAUCAACAUCCCAGAGUUUGGGGAUAAAUCUGCUGAGAAGGUAUGCAUUGAUCUGAAGAUCAAAAGCCAAAAUGAGAAAGAUAAGCUUGCAGAAGCAAAGAGGUUAACCUACUUGAGAGGAUUCACUGAGGGAACAAUGCUAGUUGGAGAAUAUGUGGGGAUGAAAGUGCAGGAAGCAAAGCCAUUGAUCAGGAACAGACUUGUACAGAUUGGCCAGGCUGUUAUGUAUAGUGAGCCUGAGAAGAAGGUUAUGUCAAGAUCAGGUGAUGAGUGUGUUGUGGCUCUGACGGAUCAGUGGUACAUCACAUAUGGAGAACCAGAAUGGAAGAAAAAGGCUGAGGAGUGCCUCUCUAACAUGAAGCUCUUCUCUGAUGAGACAAGGCAUGGUUUCCAGCAUACAUUGAAUUGGUUGAAUCAGUGGGCUUGUUCACGGUCUUUUGGGCUGGGAACUCGUCUUCCCUGGGAUGAUCAAUUCCUAGUUGAAUCCUUAUCUGAUUCCACACUUUACAUGGCUUAUUAUACCAUUGCUCAUUUGUUACAGAAUGGAGACAUGUAUGGGUCAGAUAUGUCCUUGGUAAAGCCAGAGCAGAUGACAGAUGAAGUAUGGAAUUACGUUUUCUGUGGUGGGCCAUAUCCAAAAUCAUCGGAUAUCCCUACUUCUCUUCUUAGCAAAAUGAAGCAGGAGUUUGAGUACUGGUACCCAUUCGAUCUGCGGGUGUCUGGUAAAGACCUUAUCCAGAAUCAUCUUACAUUCUGCAUCUAUAAUCACACUGCACUUCUACCCAAACAGCAUUGGCCCCUUGGUUUCAGAUGCAAUGGGCACAUCAUGCUUAACUCUGAGAAGAUGUCCAAGUCAACUGGGAAUUUUAGGACUCUACAUCAGGCUAUUGAGGAGUUUUCUGCUGAUGCCACACGAUUUGCUCUGGCUGAUGCUGGGGAUGGAAUGGAUGAUGCAAACUUUGUCUUUGAAACAGCAAAUGCUGCAAUCCUGCGACUUACAAAAGAGAUAUCAUGGAUGGAGGAGGUUCUGGCUGUGGAGAGCUCUUUGAGAACAGGUCCUCCAUCCACUUAUGCUGAUCGAGUGUUUGCUAAUGAGAUAAACAUUGCAGUCAAAAUGACAGAGCAACAUUACAGUGAGUACAUGUUUCGAGAAGCUCUCAAGACAGGCUUUUAUGAUCUUCAGGCUGCUAGAGAUGAGUAUAGGUUCUCAUGUGGUGUUGGGGGUAUGAAUCGUGAGUUACUGCUGUGGUUCAUGGAUGUUCAGACACGGCUUAUUACCCCAAUUUGUCCACACUAUGCAGAAUAUAUCUGGAAGGAGCUCUUGAAGAAGGAUGGGUUUGUUGUAAAGGCAGGUUGGCCAACAGGUGAUUUACCUGACCUUACACUCAAAAGUGCCAAUAAGUAUCUGCAAGACUCAAUAGUAUCUAUGAGGAAGUUGCUCCAGAAACAAGUGUCAGGUUCAAAGAAACCUAACAAAAAGGGUGCUGCAGUUCCUCCUCCCACUGAAGAAAACAAGCCAUCAGUAGGCUUGAUAUAUGUGAAUGAGCAAUAUGACGGUUGGAAAAGAGUAUGCUUAGAGAUACUCCAAAGCAAGUUUGACAGGGAGACUCACUCCUUUGCACCUGACCAAGAAAUAUUGGAGGCAUUGCAAAGGAGUGUAAUUGGACAGGAGACAAACUUUAAGCAGAUUCAGAAGCUUUGUAUGCCAUUUUUAAGGUUCAAGAAGGAUGAAGUGCUGUCUGUUGGAGUUCAUGCCUUGGAUCUGAGGCUACCCUUUGGUGAAAUUGAUGUCCUUGAGGAGAAUUUGGACUUAAUCAAGAGGCAGUUGGGUCUUGAUCAUGUAGAAGUUUUGUCUGCUAUUGACCCUGAUGCUGUCAGGAAAGCUGGAUCCCAUGUGUCGUUGUUAAAUCAGAAUCCUCCUUCCCCUGGGAACCCAACGGCAAUAUUUUUAACCAAGUUAAAUGGUGAUUUGUGAUGAUGUUUUGCUGCAUACGCUUGAAGAAGAAUAAGCAGGGAUAGGAGAGAAGCUAUACAAAACUGCUGCUUGAAGUGUGUUCUCAAUGAUUUCUGUCAGUUGUUCAUGCAAUAUAUUUUUAUUGGAGAGGAUGAAAAAGAGAACUCUUCAUGUUACCUAGGUUUUUGUUCAUUUAUUAUUUUUGUAUGUUUGUUACUUUUUUUUUCUCAUUAGUUAAAAGGGUGUUCUCAUUUUUCUAAACUCAUUUUUUUCUUUGAUACAAGAAGAAUGAAGAGAAAUUAAAGGCA